AUGAGUCCUACUGCCGUAUACGAGACCACACCAUCAGUUGUUGUUACGGACACGCUCAAACACGGGCUCAAGGAACGAGUUGAAAUUCCCCCUUGGAAAGAGCCACCCGUAACGAAGGAAAACUUAUCUUGGGCAGAACUUGAAACUAUCGAUCUGACACUCCUUGAUUCAAAUAAUCCAGAAAUACGAAAGACUUUAAUUGCAGCUGCAAAGAAAGCUCUGACAGUCGACGGUUUCUUGUUCGUCACUGGUACGGGUAUAUCAGAUGAGACUAUGAAACGUAAUUUGGCAAUUGCACAAUAUGCUAUAAAUGGUAUUCCUCACGAGGAAAAACUUCCUUUUGCAGCUAAACUUGAUCAAGGAUCAUAUGAAGGAUAUAAAUUAAGAGGGAUAUGGAAGAGAGACAGUGACACACCUGAUAAUAUAGAGCAUUAUAAUCUUGAAUCUUCUUCAUUUGAAAAUAUCGAAGAUGGACAUCAACAUCCUGAAAAACUACUACCGCUUAUUCCUGAAAUCAAAGCAUUCGCCGAACAUACUUACAAAUAUGUAGUUUACCGAAUACUGAAAUUAGUUUCAUUGGCUCUGGAAUUACCAGAAGAUUAUUUAUGGGGAUUACAUGAUCAUAACGGUACUAUAGGAGCUGCUUGUCAAAGGUUAAUGGGUUAUUUUCCCAGAUCAGAAAAAGAUGAAAAUGCAACUGAAGGAAUCUGGUCAAAAGGUCAUACCGAUUACAAUACGGUAUCCUUGUUAUAUUCUCAACCAAUCUCAGCUCUUCAGAUCCUGACACCGGACAAUCAAUGGCGAUGGGUGAAACAUGUAGAAGGAGCUGUGGUUGUCAAUACUGCGGAUGCUCUCGAGUUCCUCACAGGAGGCGUAUUCAAAGCUACGAGACAUCGAGUAAUCCGACCGCCUCCAGACCAAGCGAAUAUCAUUCGAUAUAUCCUCAUUCAUUUCGCUCGUGCAGCAAGAAAUCUAGAAUUGAACCCUAUAUGGGAAUCCCCACUGAUUAAAGCGAGAGGAAAGAACUCAUUCCAGGAUAGAAUCGAUGCGGGUGGCAGAGCACCAACACAAGAUGAAUGGCUGAGAGAACGAAUCAAGAGAACAGGACACGAGUUAUACGAUAAUAAUCGGAAGACAGCAGAAGGAAAGGUGGAAGAACAAGUCUUGGGAAGGAAAGUGGAAUAUUACGUUUAA